AUGAGUCUGUUUGGAACAACCUCCGGCUUUGGGACUGGUGGGACCAGCAUGUUUGGCAGCACAACCACAGAUAAUCACAACCCUAUGAAGGAUAUUGAAGUUACAUCUUCUCCCGAUGACAGCAUCGGCUGUCUGUCCUUCAGCCCACCGACCUUGCCGGGGAACUUUCUUAUUGCGGGAUCGUGGGCUAACGACGUUCGCUGCUGGGAAGUUCAAGACAGUGGACAGACCAUUCCAAAAGCCCAGCAGAUGCACACUGGGCCCGUGCUGGAUGUCUGCUGGAGCGAUGAUGGGAGCAAGGUGUUUACGGCAUCAUGUGAUAAAACAGCCAAGAUGUGGGACCUCAACAGUAAUCAAGCAAUACAGAUCGCACAGCAUGAUGCCCCUGUGAAAACCAUACAUUGGAUCAAAGCCCCAAACUACAGCUGUGUGAUGACUGGGAGCUGGGACAAGACCCUGAAGUUUUGGGAUACUCGAUCAUCAAAUCCUAUGAUGGUUUUACAACUCCCUGAAAGGUGUUACUGUGCUGACGUGAUAUAUCCCAUGGCUGUGGUGGCAACUGCGGAGAGGGGCCUGAUCGUCUACCAGUUGGAGAACCAGCCUUCCGAGUUCAGGAGGAUCGAAUCACCACUGAAACAUCAGCAUCGGUGUGUGGCUAUUUUUAAAGACAAGCAGAACAAGCCGACUGGCUUUGCCCUGGGCAGUAUCGAGGGGAGAGUCGCCAUCCACUACAUCAACCCCCCGAACCCCGCCAAAGACAACUUCACCUUCAAAUGCCAUCGAUCUAAUGGAACCAACACCUCAGCUCCUCAGGACAUCUACGCGGUCAAUGGAAUCGCAUUCCAUCCUGUUCACGGCACUCUCGCGACGGUGGGGUCUGAUGGGAGAUUCAGCUUCUGGGACAAAGAUGCCAGGACGAAACUGAAAACGUCAGAGCAACUGGACCAGCCGAUAUCGGCCUGCUGCUUCAACCACAACGGCAACAUCUUCGCAUACGCCUCCAGCUAUGACUGGUCCAAGGGACACGAGUUUUAUAAUCCCCAAAAGAAAAACUACAUUUUCCUGCGUAACGCUGCUGAGGAGCUGAAGCCCAGGAACAAGAAGUAGGGCCGGGCUCCUGGGCUGCGGAGCUGUUCUCGCCACCAGCCUCGUCUCCGUGCAGACUUGGGUCCCAAGUUGAUGGAUGUCAGCGUGGAUGUGGACUUCUGCCCUGGAGGAAGCACGUCCUGCUCACCAUCAAGCUGCAUCACGACAACUCGUGUGUCCACGCCACUGCCUGCUGUGAAGUUUCUGACUCUGAGGGGUUGAGAUAGUUAGUCCUGGCAGCUGGAUUCCCAGGGUGGCGCCCAUCUCUUCAGGAGCUUCACUUGCAGCGUGUGUGACCAAGGACGUUGGGGACGGUCUUGGUCCCCUGUACUGUGUUUCGUAAUAAAAGAUUCUGACGAUGCCUCCUGAGCUCCUUGGUCCUUACUGCCCCACCCUGUCCCCUCAGAAACAUCCAUUGCGCUCGGUGUCAACGCUGGGCUCUGAACUCUGGUUUCUGACCCUCUCGGGAGACACAGACUCCUCAUGCCUGGAGAAAGGAUGGUCCAAGCUGGACACUACGCUCACUUGUGUAGGGGUAGAGCUGAAGUGUGCUCCUCCCCCCACGCCCCCGUGCUCCCUGACUCCACCUCCUUCCUCCCGCCCUACAGUCCCUGUGCCCCCUGGCUCCAUGGACAGAUCUGGUGAUUCAUGAGACUGCUGCUUGUGCUGAGUGACCAGCCCAAGCAGGUGACACUGUGUGACUGUCACGUUAGAACCCAGGUUCCCUGUGUGGGAAUCGCACUGAACUCGUGCCCUGGUAGUGGUCAUGGUUGUUGCUUUUUUAUUUCAUGUAGUUUAGAAUUCCUGACUGGUAAGUAUUCCAGAUGAAGUGCAAUGGCUGUUUUUGAGUGUGCUGUAUCUUUACCCUGUGAUCCCUAGUGCUUAUGCCUUGUUGUUGGCGGCUGGUGUGUAAACCUAACCUGCUGAGGGUGAAAUUCUGGUGUUGAUAAUGCUGUAAGAAUGUGUUUGCCGACUCAUGAAAACAAGGAAAAUAAAAUUUUCUACUGGAAGA